AUGCCCCCCAAACCCACCCCCAACCCCACCAACCUCACCCCCUCCCAAAUCAGCAAGCUCCACUUCCUCGCCGCCCUCCGCCGCUACCCGGCCCUCGUCCCUCCCGCCCUCCGCCCCCUCGACGCCACCCGCUACGACCGCAUCCCCGCCGCCCUUUCCCGCCGCGACGACCACGACCCCGUCCUCUCCCUCCCGCAGCUGGAGCAGCUCGUGCAGUGGAAGCUCCAGCACGGGACCUACCGCCCGACGCUGCUCGCGCUCGUGCGGUCGAACGCCGCGUCCGUCGUCGAGGCGGCGAGCGCCGAGGCGUUUGGGCUGUUGUCGUCGUCGUCGUCGCGGCGGGACGAGGACGGCGGCGAGGUGCGGGCGCUGAGGGUGCUGACCAAGGCGCUUAGGGGCGUGGGGCCGGCGACGGCGUCGCUGGUGCUGGCGUGUGCGGAUCCGGCGGGGACGCCGUUUUUUUCGGACGAGGUGUUUAGGUGGGUGGUGUGGGGGGAGGAAGAGGCGAAGGGGAAGGGGAAGGGGUGGGGGAGGCGGAUCGGGUAUACCGAGAAGGAGUAUGGGGUGUUGGUUGGGAAGGUACGGGGGGUGGUAGAGAGGGUGAGGGGUUGGGGGUUGGGCGAAGGGGAGUUGGGGGGCAUGGGGGAGGCGGUGGCGGUGGAGAAGGUGGCGUGGGUUUUGGGGAAGGAGGGGGUGGAUUGCGAUAGGAUUGUUGGGGAGGGGGAGGAUCUGUUUGAUGAACAGGUGGAACGGAAAGGGAGGAAGAGGGAGGCGGAAACGGAGGGGGAGGUAGGUGACGCGGAGAAUAUGGAGGGAGGGAAGAAAACUCUGAAUGAAACCACGAGGAAAUCCAAGAAGGCGAAAGUGGAGAAAGAUGUAGCUGUUGAGUAUCCUCGCAGACAGACGCGGUCUUCGUCACGCAGGAAUAUUUAG